UGUUCUCAUUGCAGGUGCAGAUACAGACUUGAUUUCUCACAGCUCUUUUCUACUGAGGAUCUGUAAACUGGCUGUCACCAAUGACUGUCACCUACACGGCCAGAGUCGCCAACGCUCGCUUCUGUGGCUUCUCCAAGCUGCUUUUGGCCUGGAAAGGAAGCAUCUACAAGGUGCUAUAUAAGGAGUUCCUGGCUUUCUUUGCCAUGUACACCGCCAUCAGCAUCACUUACAGAUUUUUCCUGUAUGAUGAACAGAAGAGGUAUUUUGAGAAGCUGGCAAUUUAUUGCAACCACUAUGCCAGUCUCAUCCCUAUGUCCUUUGUACUAGGUUUCUAUGUGACCCUUGUGGUGAACCGCUGGUGGAGCCAGUACACCAGCAUCCCGCUCCCUGACAGGCUCAUGUGCGUCCUGUCAGGAGGCCUCCAGGGGAACGAUGAGCGAGGUCGCCUGCUGAGACGCACCCUGAUGCGCUACGCCAGUCUGUCGGCCCUGCUGAUCCUGAGAUCUGUCAGUACGGCUGUCUUCAAACGUUUCCCCACCAUCGACCAUGUGGUGGAGGCCGGAUUCAUGACGAGAGACGAACGGAAGAAGUUUGAGGGCCUCCACUCACCUUACAACAAAUACUGGAUCCCCUGUGUUUGGUUCACCAACCUGGCUGCUGUGGCGCGCGGCGAGGGCAGGAUCAAAGACGAUCACACGCUCAAACUGCUGCUGGAGGAGCUGAAUGGAUUCAGAGGGAAGUGCAGCAUGCUGUUUCAUUACGACAUGAUCAGCGUUCCCCUGGUCUACACUCAGGUGGUGACUUUGGCAGUGUACAGUUUUUUCCUGGUGUGUCUAAUUGGCCGUCAGUUCCUGGACCCCGGUCAAGGCUAUCCAGGUCAUGACCUGGACCUCUAUGUGCCCAUCUUCACCUUGCUGCAGUUCUUCUUUUACGCUGGGUGGCUCAAGGUGGCCGAGCAGCUGAUCAACCCUUUUGGAGAAGACGAUGAUGACUUUGAGACAAACUGGUUGAUAGACAGGAACUUCCAGGUGUCCAUGAUGGCGGUGGACGAGAUGUACGGAGAUCUACCGAUGAUGGAGAGAGAUCGCUACUGGAACGACUCCAACCCUAGACCACCCUACACUGCUGCUACCCUCUUUGUCCUUCGCAAACCCUCCUUCCAGGGUUCCACUUUCGACAUGGCGAUCCCUAAGGAGGAGAUGCACUUCCAGCCUCUGGAGGACAUUGCUGAGAACAUGGAGGAGUCAGGCAGUCGUCACCCCAACAUGGCCCUCUUCAACCGCCUCCUCAAUGCAGCCCCCUCUCCCACUGGCUUCAUGGGAGGGGCUCUUCGCCGCACCUCAGCCCAGCUCCAGAGGCUACGCCACUCCCCUAGCACUGACCAAUGCACCAGCGAUGAUGAUGACAACGACAGCUGUAAGAUAGGUAAAGGCGGGUCUCUGCCAUCAGGGCUGGGUCAGGAGACCCAGAGCACCGCGAGUAGUUUCAGAGACGAGAAGAGUGUCAGAAUGCCUCUGCUGGAGAUUCAGUUUGGGGUGGAGCAGGAAAGUCGAGGAGUGCACCCUGUCGUCAACCAAGGGAAGCAGGGGAGGGGAAGGGAUGGGAGAGCUGAUGAAGAUUUCCAGACAAGGGAGGAGGGAGAGAAAACAGAGAGUUUAAGAGAGGAAAUCCAAGCUCCUGUGUCACUACUUCCACCCCCUCCCCAGCCCUCCAAAGAGACUCCAGCCUCCGCCAUUCCCAUCACCUUCAGUCACCCCUCUGCCUUCUUGUAUCACCCCACUGCCCACUCCAGUCUGGAGCACUGCAGCUCCCAGCCAAUUAUCAACCAGAACAGAGCCGUGCCUGCCAUUCCAAAACCUCCUUUUGGUGGAAACAAAAUGUCCUUCCUCACUGUCCCAUCUUACAAUGAACCUCAGCGUUUUCGCAGUGUGAGCAUGGGAUCAGACCUCACUGGGUCUUAG